GCUCGUGCUGCUGCUGCUGCGGCUGCUGGGGCCGGCCGCCGCCGUGGAAGAAACCCUGAUGGAUUCUACCACGGCAACUGCAGAACUUGGAUGGACGGUGCACCCACCAUCAGGGUGGGAAGAAGUGAGCGGCUACGAUGAGAACAUGAACACGAUCAGGACUUACCAGGUAUGCAACGUCUUUGAAUCCAGCCAGAACAACUGGCUGCGGACCAAGUACAUCCGGCGGAGAGGGGCCCACCGGAUUCACGUGGAGAUGAAAUUUUCGGUCAGGGACUGCAGCAGCAUCCCCAACGUCCCGGGAUCUUGCAAGGAGACCUUCAACCUCUACUACUACGAGUCUGACUAUGACACCGCCACCAAAACGUUCCCCACUUGGAUGGAGAACCCCUGGGUGAAAGUGGACACCAUUGCUGCGGACGAGAGCUUCUCUCAGGUGGACCUCGGCGGCAGGGUGAUGAAAAUCAACACAGAGGUGCGCAGCUUUGGGCCCGUCUCCAAGAAUGGCUUCUACCUGGCCUUCCAGGACUACGGAGGCUGCAUGUCCCUGAUCGCCGUCCGCGUCUUCUACCGCAAGUGCCCGCGCGUCAUCCAGAACGGGGCCAUUUUCCAGGAGACGCUCUCUGGAGCUGAGAGCACGUCACUGGUGGCAGCGCGGGGGUCCUGCAUCCCCAACGCCGAGGAGGUGGAUGUGCCCAUUAAAUUGUACUGCAAUGGGGACGGGGAGUGGCUGGUUCCCAUUGGACGCUGCAUGUGCAAGCCUGGCUACGAAUCGGUGGAGAACGGGACCAUCUGCAGAGGCUGUCCAUCGGGGACAUUCAAAGCCAACCAAGGGGACGACGGUUGCAUUCACUGUCCCAUCAACAGCCGGACGACGUCAGAGGGCGCCACCAACUGUGUCUGUCGUAACAGCUACUACCGAGCCGAUUCCGAUCCUGUGGAUAUGCCAUGCACCACCAUCCCAUCAGCUCCUCAAUCCGUCAUCUCCAGUGUCAACGAGACCUCCCUGAUGCUGGAGUGGAGCCCUCCCCGGGACUCUGGGGGUCGCGAAGACCUGGUCUACAACAUCAUCUGCAAAAGCUGUGGCUCCGGUCGUGGCGCUUGCACCCGCUGUGGGGACAACGUGCAGUUCACGCCACGCCAGCUGGGCCUGACCGAACCCCGAGUCUAUAUCAGUGACCUUCUGGCCCACACUCAGUACACCUUCGAGAUCCAGGCUGUGAACGGCGUCACCGACCAGAGCCCCUUCUCACCGCAGUUUGCCUCGGUCAACAUCACCACCAACCAGGCCGCCCCUUCAGCCGUGUCCAUCAUGCACCAGGUGAGCCGGACAGUGGACAGCAUCACCCUCUCGUGGUCCCAGCCUGACCAGCCCAACGGAGUUAUCCUGGACUAUGAGCUGCAGUACUAUGAGAAGGACCUGAGCGAGUUCAACGCCACAGCGGUGAAGAGUCCCACCAACACGGUGACGGUGCAGGCCCUCAAAGCUGGGACCAUUUACGUCUUCCAGGUGCGGGCCCGCACGGUGGCGGGCUACGGGCGCUACAGCGGCAAAAUGUACUUCCAGACCAUGACUGAAGCGGAGUAUCAGACCAGCAUCCAGGAGAAACUGCCCCUCAUCAUCGGCUCCUCGGCCGCAGGGCUCGUUUUCCUCAUUGCCCUGGUGGUGAUCGUCCUCGUUUGCAACAGACGAGGAUUUGAGCGCGCCGACUCCGAGUACACCGACAAGCUGCAGCAUUACACCAGCGGCCACACAGUGACACCUGGUAUGAAGAUCUACAUUGACCCAUUCACCUACGAGGACCCCAACGAGGCCGUCCGGGAGUUUGCAAAGGAGAUCGACAUCUCGUGUGUCAAAAUCGAGCAAGUGAUCGGUGCAGGGGAGUUUGGGGAGGUGUGCAGUGGCCACCUGAAGCUGCCGGGCAAGAGGGAGAGCUUCGUGGCCAUCAAGACUCUGAAGUCUGGCUACACGGAGAAGCAGCGGCGGGACUUCCUGAGCGAAGCGAGCAUCAUGGGCCAGUUCGACCACCCCAACGUCAUCCACCUGGAGGGGGUCGUCACCAAGAGCACCCCGGUCAUGAUUGUUACCGAAUUCAUGGAGAACGGCUCCUUAGACUCUUUCCUCCGGCAAAAUGACGGACAGUUCACCGUGAUCCAGCUUGUGGGGAUGCUGCGGGGCAUCGCGGCCGGCAUGAAGUACCUGGCCGACAUGAACUAUGUCCACCGGGACCUGGCUGCCCGCAACAUCCUCGUGAACAGCAACCUCGUCUGCAAGGUCUCGGACUUCGGCCUCUCGCGCUUCCUGGAGGACGACACCUCGGACCCCACCUACACCAGCGCCCUGGGUGGAAAGAUUCCCAUCCGCUGGACAGCGCCAGAAGCCAUCCAAUACCGGAAGUUCACUUCUGCCAGUGAUGUCUGGAGCUAUGGCAUAGUCAUGUGGGAGGUGAUGUCCUAUGGGGAGCGACCAUACUGGGACAUGACCAAUCAAGAUGUAAUAAAUGCCAUUGAGCAAGAUUACCGCCUGCCUCCGCCCAUGGACUGUCCGAGCGCCCUCCAUCAGCUCAUGCUGGACUGCUGGCAGAAGGAUCGCAACCACAGGCCCAAAUUCGGACAGAUUGUCAACACCUUAGACAAGAUGAUCCGGAACCCCAACAGCCUGAAAGCCAUGGCACCCCUCUCCUCAGGGAUUAACCUCCCCUUAUUGGACCGUACAAUCCCGGACUACUCCAGUUUCAACACCGUCGAUGAAUGGCUGGAGGCCAUCAAGAUGAGCCAAUACAAGGAGAGUUUUGCCAGCUCAGGCUUCACCAGCUUCGAUGUGGUGUCUCAGAUGACAAUGGAGGACAUCCUGCGAGUGGGGGUCACGUUAGCCGGCCACCAGAAGAAAAUCCUGAACAGCAUCCAGGUGAUGCGGGCACAGAUGAACCAGAUCCAGUCUGUGGAGGUUUGA